AUGUCUCGAACAUAUUUUCCGCCCACAUUAAGUCCACUAGUUUAUAUAACAAUAUUCCAUGUUCCCCUUUUCGCAUUUAUUUCCUUAUCUUUCAAGCCCAUAACUAGCAAACUUCACGCUUGCGUACUUUGUAUUAUAACCUUUGUUCAAGCACUGAUUCCCUUCAUAUAUCAUGGAAGAUAUGAACCGCUAAUGCAUUUCAUUAUAUCAGUGUUAGCGGUACUUUAUACAUUCAAGAUGAUAAUAUGGCUGAAAAAAAAUUAUCAAUCUUCUAUCGAUUCAAAAAUUAAAAUUCCUUCAUUCAUCGGUUCACUAUUCAAUUGGCGUCCCGAUGCAGUAACGAUUCCUGACAAACAAAAAUAUCAAAAACACAUUGAUUUUAUUGAAGUCACGGAUCUUUAUAAAGAGAUGAUUAAUCACACAAUUAAAGCUAUCAUAAAAUUUGUGAUUUUAGAUCUUAUAGGCGAAUAUUUAAGGAAUAACAAAUCAGAAAUUCCAGAAAGAUCAUAUGGAUUACGAGUUUUAGAUUAUCUUAGGACUGGACAUCCGUUUACUGAUAUAUAUACCUUCUUUCAUUGCAUUCUUCUCAUAGCUAUCUUAAAUAUAUCAUUUUCACUAGUGUGGAACAUCGAUUGUAUAAUCUAUGGAAUACUUUUAAAACCUUUAUUUUUUUCUAACAGCGUUAAUGAAAAAAGAAAACUAGAAGAAUCAACAUCUUUUAAAACAAAACUCAAAGAAUGGUUAAUUAUCUCAAUAUUCUAUACAAAGCCAAUAAUGGGUCAACCAUAUUUUUCAACAGGGCCUCGAGAUCUAUGGUCCAAACAAUGGCAUCAAGUCCUUAAACCAGCUUUUAAAGAGCUUGGCUACCUUCCAGUUCGAAAUUAUUUUAAACACAAUAAAACUCUUGGACGAGUGCUUGGUACAUUGUCUGCUUUUUUGAUCAGCGGAUUAUUUCAUGAUUAUAUAGCAAUAGUUGCUUUUAAUCAUUUUUCACUAGAUUAUGUAGCAUUUUUUUUACUGCAUGGAAUACUUUUUAUUUUAUUGGAGACUGUUGAAAACAUUAUUGUGGGAAAAGAAAAGGAUGCUAAAGAUAAUUUUGGAAUCAAGGUUUUUAAGAUGGCAUUGUAUUUACCGAUUGCAAUUUUUACUGUGCCAUUGUUUGCGGAACCUUAUGUUAAGGGAAUAAAUUUUUUUUCGAAUCUAAAUAUAUUAACGAAUCUAGCAAAGUGGAUUAAUUAA